AUGAUGUUUGCCGACACAAAACAUAAGGAAAAGGCCUCAAUGAAAUUGGUUUGCGUUGGUGCAGAAGAAAAGGUCGUCGGUGUUCAUAUUUUCGGAAUUGGUUCGGAUGAAAUGUUGCAAGGAUUUGCAGUUGCUGUUUCAAUGGGUGCCACCAAAAAACAAUUCGAUCAAACAAUCGCAAUUCAUCCAACAUCUGCUGAAGAACUUGUCACAAUGCGAGGAGCAGUCAAACCGGAAUAA